AUAACAUCUUUGCCAAUGGCUCCCCCAGGUCCAAUAACAGUACGAACUCAACUCCAAAACAAGUAUCGCCGGUAGACAAGAUUGCUAUUCACAGCAAAGAAUAUGUCGGUCCUUGCUUCAUUGACGGGGAGAACCAUCGAAAAUGGAUAGUUUCUGUUUCUAUUAAUGGACAACCAGAACAAAUUAUUGACCUAGUCGACCCAUUCACCGAAAAGGAAUACCAUAAGAACAAUGACAACAGACUGCAACGGGGAAACCUCGAACUUAACCAAGAUCGCACCGAAAAGUAUUUCAAUAGGUUGUUUGACCAAUUAGGCCUGAGUUAUUGCCGGAAGAAGGACUGUCGUAUCUCCGUUCACGAGGAUGUCACUCAGGUCAGCGAAACGAGUGACUUUGCUAGUAUCCACUCUCUUCUUUGGGAGGUUCUCGAGCAUCCCGAGUUUUGGCCAUACAGCGAACGUAGCGAGACACCUACGAAGAGGGUUCGACUAAGCCGGACAUUAAACGUCCUGAGCAAGGAGUUAACCACUGCAACUAUAGAUCGCCAAGCGUCUUGCCUCGUAACAACCCAAGCCGAGUAUCGCGUUCUUCUUGUUAUAGCUCGGUCCUUCAAGAAAAAUAUCGACCAGAGAUAUGUUGAUUACCCGGCAAGCCUCAUACAGACCUCUUCUCAAUAUCGCACGACGAACAAGGGAGCGAGGAAUCACCCCUAAGCUGAAUAUCGAUGUUGUACGACCUGGCACUGUCGAAGAGCUUGAUGAAUACUUGAAGCCUGGUUGCGGGAAGCCAUAUGACAUUGUACACUUUGACUUGCAUGGGAAAAUCGGUCCCGUCAACCCUCCCGUCAAGUCAUGGACCGGUGGACGCCCAAAGCCUCCGGUAUCUGACGAGAAUACACCUCUAGAAGUCCAGUCUUAUCUUCGUUUCGCAAGACCAUACGACCCGGAACUAGCUAGUUUCGGCCGCAGAGAUAACGCAAUCAAAAUGCUUCUCCAUGAUGAUGCGUCUCUACACGACGUGCCUGUCAAAGAGAUCGCUAGGAAGCUCCAGAGAUGUAACAUCUCGAAAGUGACGCUCAACGCGUGUCUAUCUUCAUACGCGCAGAGCCGGAUAUUCUUAAAUAUGUGCCAUACAUUCAUCAGUUAUGGCAUAGCACACGUAUCAGCUAUGAGCUUUCAGAUUCUAGAGAGCACGGCCGAAGUAUACUAUACCGCGUUUUACGAAGCCCUCAUCCUGAAAGGCGAAGAGUUUCAUGUUGCUGCGGCGUCUGGCCGUAGGGCCCUUCGCGCCAAUAACAACCCAUACGGCCACGCUAUGUUGCCGACUAACUAUCACCGCUAUCCCCGGAGUUUCAGCAACGAAUGGUGGCGAAGGCCUCAUGAGAAACCUGGUCGACUGCCCCUGCUAGCUUCAUAUUUCGCUCGAUACGGUGUCAUAGUCAUCCUUUUUGCACUUUACCUAACAUACCUCUGGCACCAUCCACCAUUUAUCUCUAUGCUACUUCCCAUCGCAUCCAUUUUCGCGAUGAUAGUAUGGGUGUUAACAAGGCGCUGGCUGACGAGACUUGCCCCAACCAUAGAGCCAACUUACGAGCGUUACAACGGGAAGCUAACUCGCAAAUCCCGUUUCGAGAUUGAUAUAGAGCAUUUAGUUAUCGAAGACCGCCUCAAGUCUGAAGCCAACCAGGGUGCUCUCUAUGUAUGGAGUAGCCAAUAUUCUAAAGAACUCAGCAACUCCGUCCACGAUCUCGCACAGGCGUGGGUUUUGACCGGCUUCGUCGACAAGGCGGACAUUAUCUCCGCAAGCGUUUUCUCCUGGGCAUUCACAAGCCUGUUUCCUUGUCGAUGGCUUCGCACUCGACGGUACAGAAGCAACAGAAUUGGUACUGUAGGACGAAGGCAGCUACUCAUCAUUAAAGACUUCGAUCAUUUCUACCCCAAACAUGCGAAAGAGGAGGAAUUCGAAGACCUUCGUGCCGCCCUUCAUCGCAUGGUAUCUUUUAUCGAGGGUUAUGAUCGCGAAGACACCUAUCUACUUAUCACUGGGUCAUAUGACGAAGAAUGGUGGAUCGACGGGAACCGGUAUAAUGAUGAACGCAUUGUAAAUACCAUCGUUAGGGCGGUACCUCAUAAUCACAACACCACACCAUCCCCGCCACCACAACCGAGAAAGGAGAUACCACAAUGGAGCCUCAAUGUUAUGAGAAGGCGUUGGCUAAAAUUCUAGAAUGAGGUUGUAUAGGCAUGUUAGUCUCGGCGUAGGGGAUACCGUGCAUAUUUAUCGGUGGUUAUUUCUUGAGCUUUACGAUACCUCGACUCGUGCUACUUCCC